AUGGACCCUGACGGCGACGCGCGGCAUCAGCAGCGGCGGCGGCGACCGGAGGAGGAGGGCCCGGCGGUGUCGCUCCGGCCGCUGGGCCUGGCGGACGUGGACGACUUCAUGGCGUGGGCGUCGGACGAGCGCGUGAUGCGCCACCUGAAGCGCCCCCUGUGCGCGACGAGGGAGCAGGCCGUGGCGCAGAUCAGGGACACCGUGCUCGGCCACCCGUGGUUCCGCGCCGUCUGCGUGGCGGGGCGCCCCGUGGGGCAGGUGUCCGUGUGGCCCUACCCGGACGACGGCGGCCACCGGGCCAACCUCGGCUACGCGCUGGCGCACCGCCACUGGGGCCGCGGCAUCGCCUCCGCCGCCAUCAGGAUGGUGGUGGGGAGGGUGUUCGAGGAGCUGCCGGGGCUGGGGAGGCUGGAGGCGGUGACGGACGUCGGGAACGCGAGGUCGCAGAGGGCGCUGGAGAAGGCCGGGUUCCAGAGGGAAGGGGUGCUGCGCAGCUACAUCGUCCGCCCCGGCGCCGGCGACGGCGAGGCCAGGGACGCGGCGGUGUACAGCUUCUUGUCCUCCGACCCUCGUCCUCCGCUCGCGUGA